AUGCCUGGACCAAUCAAGUUUUCCACUUAUGAACGCUCCACUGCUUUAAUCAAAGCAAGGUUUGAGAAAAUUCUCACUGCAGUAGAAGCUGUAGCUAAUCUACCCCCUCCUCUCAGCCAGGUCAACUUAAGAACCUUAAGUAGUUAUGCAAAAGAAAUAACUAAAAAACGUGCUGACUUUGAAGGUAACCUUCAAAGAGUUCUUGAAGGUUUGGCCCCUGAAGAAGCUCCAACCUCACAACUGUCUACUGAUCAAGAUGAUAUCAAUGAUGUUUAUAUCAAAAUUCAAAGCAUUAUUGAAUCUUUGAAUCCAAUUGACGAACCACGCACCCCUUCUGCACACAGCGAGCCAGGUUCAAUUUUUACUCAUGCGUCAGUAAAUAUUAGGCUCCCGAAGCUGGAACUAAAACACUUUGAUGGCAAUCCAUUACAAUGGGUUAGUUUUAUUAACCUCUUUGACUCUAGUGUACACAAAAAUGUGAGUGUGUCUAAUGUGGCCAAAUUUCAGUACCUUUUAAGCGUUGUGUCGGGAGAACCCCUCAGCUUAAUUAAAUCCCUUAACAUCACCACUGCGAACUACUUAGUUGCAUAUCAACUCCUUCGUGAUCGCUAUCACAACACAAGGCGGCUCACCACUCUGCAUUUAAACCAGAUAAUGGACCUGCCUAACAUUACCUCUGGUUCUCUCCAUCAACUUAGGGGAUUCAUCAACUUGUUCUAUGAACAUAGCGAGGCCCUUAAAGCCCUCGAUUGUGAUGUCUCAUCUAACUCUAACCCUUUACUGUCAGCAUUGAUAUUGCGUAAAAUAGACUCGGAAAUUCGCAAAAAACUUGAAGCUUAUAGGUCUACUCAAGACCAUGAAGCACACACUCUGCCGGAAGUGACGGAAAUAAUAAAAUUCCUCAAUAUCGAAUGUGAUCAAGUGGAAGACGCUGGUUUGCACCUAAGUCACUCUUCUAUAAAGACUAAUUGUGGUCAACCCUCUAAAUUCAAAGGCACAAAGUCGGUCAAAUUCUCCUCUGACCGUCCCAGCAAGACUGUGGCUAUGCUUACCACUCACAAGACGCAAUCGUCUACCUCUUGUUUUGACUUUGGUAAACCAGACCACAAAAUUUAUGUUUGCCCUACCUUUAAGGGUAAAACCCCUCAACAACGAUAUCAAAUCGUAAAAAAAGAGAGCAGAUGCAUCUCUUGUCUCGGCUACCAUGAUAGCAAGUUAUGCAAAUCUCUGGCUACUUGCUACAUUUGUCAUAAGAGACACCAUAGCCUGUUGCACUCACACUUUCAACAACCCUCAGCUGACGUUAAACCUCAUAAGGUACCUAAAGACAAUCUCUCCCCCGCUAAAGUAGCUACAGCCAUGACUUCUCAAUCUCAGUACAGUUCUGAAUCCACUGUGCUCCUAGGUACUUUGUUAGUACAAUUGACCUCCCCUCAAGGUACUACUCACGUCUUCCGGGCUCUCUUAGACUCCGGAAGUAUGUGUAAUUUUAUUUCUGAGCGUGCUGCUCAAUUGCUGGGUGUCAAGCGCACACAUUCUUCUGAUCAAAUAACAGGUAUUGCUCAGACGGCUACCUCUACCCGAGGACUGACACACUUGACUCUAACCACUCUCUCAGGCCCCACCAUGGUAACUCAGCACCCCUUCCUCAUUUUAGAUAGGAUUUCUAUGGAUUUACCCAGAGCAAAACUGACCCCGGAAGUGUUCCACAAAGCCAAAGCCUACACACUAGCUGACCCUACGUUCCACUUACCUAGUAGUGUAGAUGUUCUGUUAGGUGGAAGUUUAUUCCCACAGUUACUCACUAACGAAAGUCACUCGCUUGGUCCCAACCUCCUAAUCUCUAAGGGUUCCUAA